GGUACUCCAUCCUCAUCUAUCUCCUAUUUUUCCUCUUUAUUUGCCAUCUCUCUCUCUCUCUCCUCUCUCUCUCUCUCUUCAUUCCAACAUUGCUUCUUCUCAUAGCCCUUUACGCCUCUCUCUCUCUCUCUCUCUCUCUCUCUCUCUCUCUCUCUCUCUCUCUCUCUCUCAUUUUUUUUAUUUUGAAUCCCAAAUGUUGAUGAAAUCUGUAUAUAUGUGUAUGUAUAAGUGUAAUCCUUGAAAAAUUCUAUGAUUGGAUCCUCGGUCUUUUUCUUUACUGAUCACGGCUAGGGUCUGAGAAACGAAUUAAUCCUGUAUCCCUUUCCUCAAACCAUUCACUUUGACAUUGGUGUUCCUCUUGUUCUGCUUCUUCUUAUUAUUUUUUCUUUUUUUUUCUUUUUGAUUUUCGAUUGUCCCAUUCCGUUUGCUUUUGAUUUCAACUAGAUCUGCAUAUGGGUCUAUUAUUAGGGGAUAUAUAGAUUCUUUUUACGGUAUUUUAGCUACUACCAGAUUUGAAUUCAGCAAUCAAGUGUUGGAAUUGAGGAUUUUAGUUUGAUAUUGAAUUCAUCGUAAUUCCAGCGAAGUUUGUGGCUUUAGCUGUUAGUUGUGUUUCUUUUUUUGCUUAUUAGAUUGAAUUCAAUUUACAGUUUCUAUCAGUGUGUCCACCAUUUAUUGUUUGUCCAAUGACGAGGAAUUGAUAUUUCUUCAGCAAUCUAGCGUUCUUCGUUAAGAUGAGCAACAUGACAAGUGAAAGCGAGGAGAGAAUAAAUUCACCGAAUGAUGAAGCCAGCAGUGAAAGAAACAUGAUAGGAAAUGGGACACUGAAGAAAGGUCCAUGGACAUCUGCUGAAGAUGCAAUUUUGGUGGAUUAUGUGAACAAAAACGGAGAGGGGAAUUGGAAUGCUGUUCAGAAGCACUCUGGGCUUUCUCGUUGUGGUAAAAGCUGUCGUUUAAGGUGGGCAAAUCACUUAAGACCUGAUCUCAAAAAAGGUGCCUUUACACCAGAGGAGGAACGCCGGAUCAUUGAACUCCAUGCUAAAAUGGGGAACAAAUGGGCACGCAUGGCUAUUGAGUUACCCGGACGUACAGAUAAUGAAAUCAAGAAUUUCUGGAACACAAGAACCAAGAGACGACAGCGUGCAGGUUUACCGAUUUACCCUCCAGACGUAUGCCUCCAAACACUAAACGACAACACACAAUCCCAAAACAUGGGCACAUUCCCAAAUGGAGAUACAUCAUCAUCACAUCCUGAAAUCUUGCCAAAUAACAACUUCCAAAUCCCAGCAGUGGAGUUCAAGAAUUUAGGAUUAAGCCAUGAGUUAUUUGCCCCAAGCCUCCUGGAUAAUUUUCUUGAUAUUCCCGGAAAUACCCUCCUCGGAUCCAAUUUCCUAUUCCCGAUUUCACAUCCUCCCAAAAGAAUCAGAAGAUCCGAUCCAUCAUAUCCCAUCUAUGAUGGUGGUUUGAAUGAUAUUUUUCAAUAUGAAGAUUCGUCCUUUUCAGGCAGCCAUGCCUUUUUAAAUGGCAACACUUCUUCUUCUGAUCCCAUUUCAUGGGCCACGAAGAUGGAGCUCCCUUCACUCCAAUAUUCUUCUACCCAAAAAAUGGGUAGCUGUGGUGCACCUUCUUCCCCGCUGCCUUCUCUUGAAUCUGUUGAUACUUUGAUCCAAUCUGCUCUGAUUGGUCAUCAAAAGUCGGAUAAUAGGAACAGCGGUUUGUUGGAAGCAGUGCUCUACGAAUCACAAACUUUGAAAACCUCAAAUUCGAAGAAUUCCAAUUCUAAUUCCAAUUCCAAUGAUGCUGCUGCUGCCUGUUCAUCUGAUGAUGAUGACUGGGAAGCUUAUGGGGACCCCAUGUCACCCUUGGGUCAUUCUGCUGCAUCGGUCUUCAGUGAAUAUACUCCUCAUACCUCACUCGAUGAACAUCAUGAUCAAUCCCUCGAGGCUAUUUCAGUGAAGCAGGAAGCAGCAGCAGCAGCAGCAGCAGAUGAAUCUGGUGGUCAGCAAUUGGAGAGAGAAGACAAUGACAUGAUGAUGAAGUAUUGCAGGCCAGAUUUGCUUCUGGAUUCUCCCUGGUUCGGUGGUGGUGGUGGUUCCACUUCCACUUCAAACAAAGACCAUUGUGGGCUGCUAAUCGACCCUCUCAGUGCACUUUUUCCUGAUGAUUUUUGCAACGUCUCGUCUAUGCCUGGGCCUUCUUCACCCUUUGAUGUUUGAUGUGUCGUGCAAAUGAAGAUGAAAUCUGUUAAAUACUUUGAGAAUUUUCUGGUAUGGAUCCAUUGUGAGGAUCUUAUUUGGUUAAAUGUUGAUUAGACCUCAGAUCCUUUCCUUUACAUUUCUACUACUUCGGAGUUUCGACCUUUGAUUUGACUUUCUCAUGUUAUAGACUUGUUUUGGCUAUAUUUCCACUAAAAAUGUUCAUCAAUAAUGUGUUCCCUAACAAUUUUACAACUGGAUAUUGGAAAUAUAUUGUAUUCAAAUCUACUUUAACAUUGUGCUA